AUGGUAGCUCAAGACAUUUCCAACUCGGAUUUUGAUAUCAAUAUUCUUCACGAUCCCUUAAUUGAACCAAAUAUUGAUCUAAAAUUCCCCUUACCGAUAGAUGAGGAGUCAUAUGUUGAUGUACCGGGGAAUUAUAAAACGUUGUCUCAAUCUUUUAAUAUUUUAAAUUCUGCUUUUAGAUUAUUUACUGGUGGUUCUUACUAUGAUAAAAUUUAUGUUAAUAAUGAGUAUAAAUAUUCUAUCAAUAAGCAUUCUGAUGAAUUUAGGAAAAAAUUUAAAGAUUAUAUGAAUUCUCAAUUAGAAAAAGACGAUAAAAAGUUGGAUGAAUUAAUCUACGAUUUGAUUAAUCAAGAGUUAAAUUUGAAAUUAAUUAAAGCUUCCGAUUUCAAAAAAAGAUUUAUUGAAGUUAAAAAGUAUAUGGUUUCUUAUUACAAAAAGAAUAAUGAGAAAAAUUUACCUACUUUCCCUUCUCAUAAUUUCGUUAGAUCAGCAUAUGUUACUGUUAUGAGUAUAAUGAUAAAAUUGUUUCCAAAAGGUAUCUGGGUAUCAAAUCAAGAUAUCAGUGAUUUAUAUAAACAAUAUUUAAAAAACCCAAUGUCAAUUGUUUAUUUACCUUCUCAUCAAUCUCAUUUAGAUUAUAUAAUUGUUCAUUUAAUUUGUGUUAGAUUUCAAUUAGCUACUCCUUCCGUCAUUGCUGGUGAAAACUUAAAUGUUACAGUUAUAGGUGGUUUAUUGAAAAAUUUGGGUGCAAUUUUCAUACCAAGAACUUUUAAUAAUGAAUUAUAUACUGAAAGAAAUUUAAAUAACGUUAUAGAGUUUUUAUUAGUCCAUAAAAUUCCAUUUGAGGUUUUCAUUGAAGGUACAAGAUCAAGAGAUGGUAAAUUAUUAUUACCAAAAUAUGGUAUAUUAAAAUCAAUGAUUUCAAUUUAUUUGAAACAAAGACUUGAAGAAGAGAACAAAAAAUUUGAUUUAUUGUUCCAACCAAUUGCAGUAACUUACGAGAGGGUAUAUGAGAAUGAUGCCUUUUUGAAAGAGUUGAAAGGUGAUGAUAAAUCUCAAGAAAGUUUGUUGGGUACUUUAUCGGUAGCUGCUAGUGCUUUUUCUUCAGUUGAUAAUAAAAAGAAUCAAGUUAAAUUUGAUAAAAAUGGUUAUAACGAUAAUUUAGAUCGUAAAUUAACUGGUAAAAUUUUUGUUAAAUUAGGUAAAAAUUUUACAGUAUCUGAAUUUAUUAAAAAUGAAGAAUCUCAAUUAAGUGAACCAAUAGCAUCUGAAACUCAAGUCAAUUUGAAAAAAUUAGGUUUCAAGAUUUUACAUGAAGUAAAUAAAAAUAGUUAUAUACCUGAAGUUUCAAUUGUUGGUACCUCAUUGCAAGCAUAUUUGUAUUUUAAUAAUCAAAAUAUAUUUUCAGUACAAGACUUAUUACCAGUGUUUAAAUUAGUUGUACAAGUUUUGUUGAGAGAAAAUGAAUCAUCAAUCACCAAUAAAAAAAUUUUGUUAGAUUUAUUGAAUUGUUCAGAUUACGAAUUGACUCAAUUAAUAAAAACUCAAAUCAUUGAAUUUUUCAGAUAUAUCAAAGUUAAUGAUAAAAAGAAUUUAAUUAAAAUUGAAUCAUCAAUUGAAUUAUUAUAUUACAAAAAUUUAACAAUUCAUUUAAUAAUUAAAAGAUGUUUAGUUAUGUAUAUUUUAUUAUUACUUGAAACUUCAACAAGCUGCAAUCAUAGAAUUAUUGGAAAAUUAUUUUACAUUUUAACUGGUUUCCUUAAAAAUGAGUUUUUAUUUGAUUACGAUGAAAAUCCAAGAAAUGAAUUAACUUUUAUAUUAAACGAUUUAGAAGCAUUAGGUAUUAUAAUAAAGAAUGAUAAAAAUUCAGAUAUUGGUUGUGAUACCUAUAAAAUUAUUGAUUAUGAUUAUGUUAAAUUAUUUGCAAAUUUAGCUCAACCAUUUUUAGAAUCUUAUAUUGUUUUGAUUUCAAAUAUUUUAGAAAUGACCACAAAUUUACAAAAUAAUUAUGCUAGAAACAAAGGACAAAGGGAUCAUGAUAAGAUAAUUUUAGAUGAUGAUGAUUUGAGAUAUCCAACUACAAAAGGGUUAUUAAAAUACAUAAUUGAUCAAUCAAAGAAAAAAGCACAAUUUAAAUCAUUGGAAUCGAUUAAUAAGCAAUAUUUAGUAAGUGAUUUAUAUUAUUUAAAUAACUUGAAAUUGGUUAAAAUAUUUAAAAAUAAAGCUAAAACAAAAGCAUUUGUUCAAAUUUUAAAUUUAAAGGAUUUAAGUGUGUUGAACGACUUUUUGAAUCAAUUAUUGAAACGUACUAAAUCAAAAGAUUUAAUAACUGAUGAAGUGAAAAUCAACUACAUUAUUGAUAUCGUUGAUAAGAACUUUGAUAGGGAUGAUGAACAAUUGAAAUUACAAAGUAAACUUUAA